CAUCUAAUUGUCAAUCAAGAGCCCCAGGUGGCCAAAUGAGUAGCAAGUCUAGGACGUGUUUAAGAGGAUAUGCUUGUCUAGUUGUUUCCCCAAGUUAGUAGCGGUUUAAAAUGCUGUGGUUUGUUUUACUGGUCUCAUGGUUUUCUGAAGGAUAUGAAUCACCGCCUCCUCUGAUGAAGACAAGUGAAACGCUACUUGAUUUCGAGGAAGACGUUGCUGUACAGGAGGGGGAUAUUUUACAGCCAACUGACAGGAAUGCAGUGAGUCAGCUGUGGGCUGAGGUGAAUGGAAGUUUGUCAGUGCCUUAUGAAAUUGAUCUUGCUCUUGAGGACAGGACUAAAGAUAUUCUUAAAGCCUUAAAUAUGAUUUCCCAGAAAACAUGCGUCAGAUUUCAUCCACAUGCUAAUGAAACUGACUAUUUGCACUUUGUAUAUGCAAAAGGGUGUGCAUCUUAUGUUGGGUGUUUGGGGGGUGAGCAGUCUCUUCUGAUUGGGCCAAGAUGUACGGUUGGGAACAUCUGCCACGAGAUCAUUCACUCCCUCGGCUUUUACCAUGAGCAUACCCGAUAUGACCGUGGUGAUCAUGUCACUAUACUUGAAGAAAACAUUGCGCCUGGGAAAGAGAUAAAUUUUGUGAAGAGAAAGGGGAACACCCUCGGUCUGAAUUAUGACCCGGAAUCAAUCAUGCAUUAUGGAAACAAUUACUUCUCUAGCAAUGGAAUGCCCACAAUUGAGCCCAAAGAGAAAGGUUUAAAGAUCGGCCAGAGGACUCACUUGUCUGAUCUUGAUGUGCAAAAGAUCAAGAAGCUGUACCACUGUGACAAGGAUGAUGAAGCAAACUCUUCAGAGGAAUUUUAAAUCUAGGAAGAAAAAUAAAGGUUUCAAAAUCGAAAUGCUUAUGUCC